AUAAAAGUUGGUUGAUCAAUGCCUACAUUUGCGCUCUAAAGAAGAUGUCAAACCUUAUUUUUUGACGAAGUCUGCAUUUCUGGCAAGUGUCAAGCACGUUGCUUUCCCAAAAUUCCCACAUUCCUUUUUUUUGGUUUUCCCUUUUUUUUCCAAAUUUUCUCAGGUUUGUCAGAAAUGGUGAGUUCAUCAUCAUCACCUUCAGCUAUUCUCAGAAGUCGUUAAUGGCUGAAGGAAAAUAGAAAGAGAGACAGCAGAAAAAGGGUGAAGAGAAGAGAAAUGUUGCACAGAGCAGCAAGGAAUGCUUAUUCAUGGUGGUGGGCUAGCCAUGUGAGAACAAAGCAAUCAAAAUGGCUGGAUCAAAAUCUACAAGACAUGGAAGAGAAGGUCGAAUAUAUACUUAAAAUCAUUGAAGAGGAUGGGGACACCUUUAGAGAGAGAGCAGAAAUGUAUUACAGGAAGAGGCCAGAGCUUGUAAACUUUGUUGAAGAUUCUUUUCGGGGAUACAGAGCUUUAGCAGAGAGAUAUGAUCAUCUUUCGAAAGAGUUGCAGAGUGCUAAUCGAACGAUUGCCUCCGUUUUUCCAGAAAGUGUUAAUUUAUCUAUGGAUGACGAUGAUUUUGAUGGAGAAAAUUUUCCUGCAAGUGCAUUACCUCCUGAUGAGUUCAAUAAGCUUCCCAGAAAGGCACCCCCAGUCCCUGAAAAGAGUAUUCCUAAAAAUACUAAUGCAGGAAAGAAGAAAAACAAAAUGCCAACCAGACUAAUGUCGCGGAAGGGUCUACUGAAAUUUGAUGCUGAUGAAACUGCAGUAGUGUCUGUUCCAGUUUCAGGUUUGAGCAAAUCGGACGCACUUGAAAAGAUUGAUAAGCUUCAAAAGGAAAUUUUGGCGUUGCAAACGGAGAAGGAAUUUGUGAAAAGUUCAUAUGAAUAUGGCCUUGAAAAAUACUGGAACUUUGAGAAGCAGAUAACUGAACUACAAUCAGAAGUCAGCAACUUACAGGAUGAGUUUGGGAUUGGCACAGUCAUUGAGGAUGAUGAAGCUCGAACUUUGAUGACUGCCACGGCCCUUAAGUCAUGCCAAGAAACCUUGAGCCGAUUACGAGAAAAACAGGAGCAAUCAGCUGAAGAAGCCAAAGCAGAAUUUCAAAAGAUUCAAGAAGCCCGAGAGAAGUUCAGGAGUCUAAAAGGGAUGUUCGAAAGCAACCAAGAACAUCAGGAAGGACUGGUAGAGAACGCGACAAGAAGUGAGCCAACCGAAGACAACAAUCUAGACCACGAAAUGGCCGGUGAAGAACAAAACAAUCAUAAUGUGGAAUCACUGAGGAAGAAAAUAAAGGAGGAACUGGAAGUCAAGUUUGGAACUUCUCUGACUAUGUCAGAACUAGCAGAGAAAGUGGAUGAGCUUGUAGAAAAGAUAAUAGAUUUAGAAACUGCAGUUUCUUCUCAGAGUGCUCAUGUAAAGAGGUUAAGGUCAGAGACAAAUGAGCUCCAAAUAAACCUCCAGAGUUUGGAAGAGGAGAAAGAGAGUCUGCUUGAAGGUUCACAUAGCAUGAGUAAGAAGAUAAAAGAUCUUGAAGAAGAACUGCUGAGAGUACAAAGUCUCAAGGAGUGCAUCAGGGAUAAAAGUGAUCACCUCCAAGCUCAUUUUCUCGAAGCCAGCUGUAAUCUUGAUAACCUCUCUGAAAAAUUGCUCGAUGUGAAACCCGAUGAAGAGGCUGUGAACAUUACUCCAUCCAGUCAAGCUGCUGAUUUGUUUGGUGCCCAUCCAUUCCAACAGACUAGGUUGCAUGGGAUGAUGACCAUGCAGGACACUCAAGUGGUCUCUCAAGAUGUGAAAUUAGGAGAUGCUGAUAAGCAUCGCGAAGCCAAGGAGCUAGCAACCCCUGAAAGAACCAGUCAAAGCAACUACCAUAGUAAUCUUCUGCUAGAUAAGGAUGAUGGGCCUACUUCAAAUGCCAAUGUUAGGACGGAAGCUGAAGCAGAUGAGGUUCCAUUGUCCAGCCAAUGCAAGAACCAACCUCCAGCCAAUCCAGUAGAGUUUCUUGUAGAAGGUAACGAUUAUAUUUUGGUAGGGAAGGCACUGAAACAGGAUAGUAGUACCUGUGAAGCUGAUAACGACCAGCAGCUUUCUCAAUCAAACAAACAUGAAAUUGACUCUCUCUUAACUGCUCCAGAUGCCAGUCCCCAGAAUAUGUUGAGUCAAGAUGAAAAUAUGAUACCUGGCGCUGUCAUCGGUACUCUUACAGAUACUCAGGGAAUGGGUAUGCAUGAUGAAGUGGUAGAACCAAGCUCCAUGUUCAUACACAAAGAGAAUAUAAUUCCUUCUGACCAAAGUGGUAACCUCCACAAUGAAAUACGAAACCAUCUUAUUUCAGAUGUUCAAGCUGACAGUUGUGGAAGUCUUUUUGAGGAAAUUUGUAAUGUCAGAACUAGUCAUAUUAAUUUAGCAACACAAGGGAACUCAAAAGUAGAACCCAACAUCGAUAGCCUUGGUCUCCCUGACAUAGAGAUUUGCCCAAGUGGUUACUUGUUGAAUGAAGUGAGAGAUCUCACAGAUGGUCUUCCAGAGAAGUCUGCUACUAACCAGGAUGAAGUCCUUCUUGGCAAAAGAACGCCCACGGAAGAGAACUCAGUAGAACAACUGCGUUCCAGGUCACCUGAACGAGAUCAAGAUGACAAUCAUUCAGCAUUAGGUUUAACUCACUGUAGCAGGGGUGCGGAGAAAGAUAACAAUAAUACGAGUCCUGAAGAAACCAUUAGUAACUCUCAAGAUCCCAGUGUCAAUAUCCAUCACACCAAUAUUCCAAAUAUCCAAGAGAAAAGCCAUUCAAAAUCCAGUUCACAGAAGGAAUCCAUCCCAGAUGCAGGAAUCAGUUUUCUGGACAACUCAACUGUCUCAGGAGAUUUGGAAGUUGUAGAGAACCUUAAAAAAAGUAUUUCAGAUCAAGGUGAGACCCCCCACCAUCCACAGCAAGAAAAGAUGUACACAACAAUGGAACGUGGUGUGAACACGGAUCAGGAUGAACUUGGUGUGGAGGAAGAUGAUCAGCCUAAUUGGAAGGAGCUAUUUUUAAAUGGGCUUGAUGACAGGGAGAAGCUUUUGCUGCAAGAGUACACAGCAAACCUUAGGAACUACAAGGAAGCAAGGAAGAAGCUCAAUGAAGUGGAGAAGAAAAAUCGAGCUAGCCUCUUUCAGUAUUGCAUACAGAUUAAAGUACUAAAGAGUGCUAAUGCUUCAAAGGAUGAAAAGAUACAGGCGUUGGAGAAGAAACUGAACUUGCUUCAGGGAAUUGAAGAUGAAAAUUAUGAUUCAGAAGACAACAAAAUCACAGCCAAUUUGGAUGUACCUGAUAAUGGGUCUUUAAUUGAAGACCAGAUGGAUCUCCCAGUUAGGUUGCAAGAUCAGAUUACAGUUUCUGACUCCAUUGAUGCUGCUACAAGAGCAGCUGGAUCAGAGCAGCCAAAAAUCUCCUUUAUAGAAGAUGAUGGAGGUAUUGAGGUUAUCAACAUUGAUAAACCACACAAUCCCUCUGUUAUUGAGGAAAGAAUUCGUACAGACAUUGAUCAGUUGCUGGAAGAAAAUAUUGAAUUCUGGAUGAAGUUUAGUAGCUCUUUCCAUCAGAUCCAAAAGUUUCAAACCACCAUCCAUGAUCUGAAAGCCGAGUUAGCAAAUGUGAAAGAAACCAACAGGAGAAGUGGCAACACAAACCAUCAGUCACUUAUCUCAGAUAUCCGUCCAAUUUACAGGCAUUUGUCAGAAAUACAAACUGAGCUGACGAUAUGGCUUGACCAAACAGCAUUUCUGAAUGAUGACUUGGAAAACAGAUUAUCAUCGUUAUCUGGUAUACAGGAAGAGAUAACAAGGUUAUCAAAUGCAGGACCUAGAGUAGAAGAUUCAGAGCUUACUGAGUAUCAAGCAGCAAAAUUCCACGGCGAGAUUCUGAAUAUGAGACAGGAGAACAGCAAGGUUGCAGACGAGCUGCACGCAGGCCAUGAACGUGUGAAAGUGCUCCUCGUCGAGAUUGAGAGGACACUGAAAGGCCUGGAUGCCGAGUUUGGCAUAUCAACAAGAAAGCCGCCGACAAGGAACUCUACCACUCGCUCUAGGAUCCCAUUACGUACUUUCUUGUUUGGUGUAAAGCUAAAGAAGCAGAAGCCUUCAUUCUUUGCAUGCAUUAGUCCAUCUUUGCAAAAGCAGUACAGUGAUUUAGCCGCUUUGCAGACAUAGCAUUAAGUCUAUUUACUUCUUAGAAGUGUACAAGAGAACUCAACUAGCUCUAAAGGUUUAAAAAGAAAUCCAGAAAUAGAAUCAGCAACAUUAAUCCUUCUCCUUUCUUUGUUUCUAUUUUGAGAAUGAAC